ACAACACAAGAAGAAGAAACACAGCUGAGAUAUUUUUUUCUCCAGUGAUAUGAAUUCUGCAUAUUUGUAUUUCAGACUAUGUAGCUUAAUGUAAAUUCCUUGUUUUUUCCCUUUUUGGCUCAAUGAAUAUCAUUUAUUCACUAUGAAAUCUUUAUACUAUAUGUUCCACGUGGUAAAAAUAAAUGUACAUUAAAUCUUGGUAAGAUGUUUGUGAUUAUUUUCAUUUAGAUGACAAAAAAAAUAAUAAAGAAAAUAAAUAACAGGCCUCUUCCUAGAAUUCUGUAAUUAUGAAUGGAAGGUGAAAACCGAAUGCAUGUUACAAAUUAACUCAAUUUGUAAGAUUUAAUAUUAGUCUUAUACUAGUGCUCAAAGAUAUUUAUUUGUCCGCUAAAAUGCUCUCCAUCAGUUGAAAAGACAAUAGAAAAAAUAAGGAAAAACCCUGCGUUUAUAAAUUCUAAAUAAUUGAUUACAUCACCGUUUUGAGUGGCGUUCACUGUCCAUACCAGAUAGGUAUAUAGAAUUAACAGAAAAUAACAGAAGUUGAUUAAAAAAAUUAGUUUUGUAAGAAUAGGUUAUAGAUAUAUGGGGCUUUUAUUUUGAUAUUUGUGAGACUGCGUGCCGGAAGUGCAUGUUGUUAGUUCUGUCGUUCAAUUCUGUGGCUUUAUUGCGAUGAAUUGGGGAAAAAAAACGUGUAUAUAAUUUGCUUUGAUUUAUUAUUCGCAUUCGGACGCGGGCUUUUGCAGUUGUUAUAAUUAAAAAUUCCAAGAAAGCAUAUUGGCCUUUGGCUUCUUUUUGUUUUAAUGAUGGCUCCCCGUGUCAUAUCUGCUACUUUACUGAGAUUAAUAUGAUUACCUUUUUCUUCAUGGGACAUUUUCUACUGUUUAUUUCUGUCAAAUAUGUCGUCUUCAAACAGUUGUUUAAAUGAAGACGCGUGGACAGUUGUAAGAUUUGCGACGUUCACGCGACUGCUUUCCCUUUUUUUACAGGCUGUGCUCAAUGCAGUGAUUCCAGACCACGUGGCAGAUGCCUUCAGCCCUCCACGAUCAGAGACCCCUCUCCUGCUCGACCCCGUCAUCGAAGCAUUAUUUGGUGGCCUUAGUCGCUGGGAUGCAGAACAUUUCCUCUUCAUUGCAGAGCGUGGUUACUUAUAUGAACACAACUUUGCAUUCUUUCCUUUGUUUCCUCUCAUCCUGCGAUUCCUGGCAGCCACUGUCCUGUGGCCUUUCUGUGGAUUUCUCACAUUGCAUGGUCGUUUAAUUUUAGCUGUGGGUAUAGGGAAUAGUGUUCUCUUUAUCCUAAGUGCCUUGGCAUUAUACAGACUGAGUCGUUUGGUGCUGCAAGACAGAAAACUUGCCCAUGUUGCAGCUUUAAUGUACUGUCUGACACCAGCUAAUGUUUUUAUGGUAGCAGGCUAUUCAGAGACCCUCUUUGCAGUGCUUACCUUUGCAGGCCUCUGGCUACUAGAGACAAGAUACACACUUGGAGCUUGUCUUCUGCUUGGGUUCGCUACUGGUACUCGUGCCAACGGACUCGUGAAUGCUGGAUUUUUGCUGUAUCUCACUUUGCAAUGGGCUCUUGCCCGUGCAGGGGCUCUUAGCAAAGGAGCAGGGGGCUUUCAGUAUCGGCACUAUGUCUGGGAACUUAUUCGUUUUGUUCACACAGGAGCAUUUUAUGCAGCUUUCGUGGCACUGCCUUUUUGUUUGUUUCAGUUCUAUGGCUACCAAAUAUUUUGUCAUCCGACUGCUACUCAGGUUCCUCCUGUGCUGCUUAAUCUGGCCCGGGACAAAGGAUACCAUGUGGCUGAUGCAGCAUCUCCCACACCAAAUUGGUGCCAUUGGCGAAUUCCAGUUUUGUACUCGUACAUACAGGAUGUUUAUUGGGAUGUGGGCUUCCUGCGAUACUUUCAGUGGAAACAGAUACCCAACUUUAUCUUGGCAAUGCCUGUUGCAAUUCUUGGAUUCACAGCUUCAUAUAUGUACAUAAUGGCUAACCCAGUGUUUUGUAUGUAUUUGGGGUUGGGAGACAGUGGAAAAGACAGAAAAACGCAUGGUUUCUGUAACCCAAGGGUCUUUGUUUACAUUGUGCACAGUUCCAUCCUGCUUCUAAUUGGAAUAUUCUGCAUGCAUGUGCAGGUGUUGACACGCUUUCUUGCUUCGUCCUCGCCUGUUCUCUACUGGACCAGUGCCCAUCUGCUUUUUCAGUAUGAACCUCUGCUGCAAGAUGAAAAGCUAUUCAGACCAGACCAAAUAAAACGGCAAAGGGAUCACAAACCCUGCUUAAGUUUUGCAGGGAUGUGGAGAAAUAAUCAAGUAGUUUACCUCUUGAUGCACUGGCAGACUUGCUCCAUUUAUACACGAUGCAUCCUGGGCUAUUUCAUAUCAUAUUGGUUUUUAGGUCUGGCUCUGCAUUGUAACUUCCUUCCCUGGACUUGAUAACUUGAAGAGCUUGUUUCAGUCUUCAUGACAUUCCUGUGGCAUAAUAUUAUGGUGUUUGACAAAUAUUGUUGUAAUUAAUGUAUUUUAUUGUAAUAAGAUGGUUUCUGGUAUUCCUUAAAAGGCUAAUAUAUUUUGUAUUGAAUUAGUAUUUAAUGAAUAUCUUUACUGGAACAUUGAAAAUUUAUUCUUGAAUUUUUCUCUUAUUAAAUGAAACUUGCUGAAGCGGAGUUAUAUAUUACUGUCCAAAGGUUCGGGGUCAGUACUUAAAAAAAACAACAACAACAAAAAAAACAUUUAUUCAGCAAGGACAUAUUAAAUUGAUCAAAAGCAGCACAACUGUUUUUAACAUUGAUACAUGUUUCAUAAGCACCAUCAGUGUUUUGGAAUUAUUUUUGAAGGAUCAUGUGACUGUGACGACUGGAGACAGGAAUAAAUUACUUUUUAAAGUAAAUUAAAAUAGUUACUUUAAAAAGUGCAGCAUUGGUGUGCAAAUGUCUUAAAUGAAAAACAUUUUAGAAAAUCUUACCGACUCCAAACUUUUAAAAGUUUGUGUAUGCUUUGUUUGAAUUGCAGAAUAAAUUUUUAAAUGACCUGUAAAAUUAUGAGGCAUUCAGAAUUUUGUCUGCAGUUUGUCAAAUAAAAGGGGUUUACUUAGGCAUGGAUUGCACAUGGUCCUGUAGCAAGACCCCUGUGAUUUU